AUGGAAGUUCUUCCAAGUGGCGGUGGUUCAAGAUGCCGCGGUCUCCGGUGUCCGAGUGGUCUUGCGCGAGCUCCAGUCGUGGCCUCCCAGAUAGCCUUCCAUGAGGCUGCACAAGACGUUGCCACCCCGCAGAGAAGAUCAUAUGCCCAACUAUAUGGUCAGCGCACUGCACAAAAGCUAGUCGACGAAAACUUCCUCGCAGACCUCGAGAAGCGAUCAACGAUCCGAGAGACCUUGAAGAAAUGGGAGCUCGACAACCCGCAAGAAAAUCAGUUCACCGUGUCAGCGUCGCUUGCGCCGGGCGAAACCCCCAAUGACAUGUUUAAAUCUCAGGCGCUCUCCGGAAUGAGAGAGGCUCGGCAGGUUAACGAAGCUGAGGAUGGGGAGUUCGCCGUGGAUGAAUUCGAUACAAUUGAUAGUGUUUCUGCGGCACCGACGGAGAUGCUGCGUCCCGGAACACUUAUAGAACUAAGGUUGUCUGACUCUCGAAUCCCGCUGCUGGCCAUAAUAUUAGGUCGCUUCUCGGGUGUGUAUUACUUCCUCGCAAACGGUGGACAGUUGACCGCUGAUGAGGGGAUCCCGUCCGUCCUCUUCAGCGUCGCCAAUUUCGCCACUCCCACAGAAAUGCAGGGUCUCGUGGAUUUCAUACCCAAGGACAAAUACAUCCACCCGCGUGAUGUCGCCAAUUUAUACCAACCUCCACUCGAGCUGGGCGCGCAUCUGCAAAAGAAGAUGACAGACUUUACCACCGCCUCUAGUCUCCUGUAUCAGAACAACAUGACUGCGUUGUCCGCGGCUGAUAAGAAACUCCCCCACGCCACCGAAUUCUCUACAAUGAGCCUUGACCAGAUCGCCCGAGUGUUGCUGCCAGAUAAGGCGAAGAGAAAUGGGCAGUACGGCCCGGAGAUGCUUUACGCCGUCCACAUCGCACUCAUGAAUGAUGAAACCGACAGCUUCCGUCCGUUAAAUAAGAUACAUGCAGCAAAGCAUGCAAGCUACCUCUACAGGAUCACUCCAGCCAGUUCGGUCCAGGUCAUCCGCAAAGUGCGCACGCAAGUUCGCCAGAUAAUGGAGGGACUGGGCCAUCAAAAGCUCGGCAAAGGCGGCGAUAGGGGUGCACUAGUGAACAACAGUCUGUGGAGAUUUAUCUUGAAGGCUAGACGAGUGAUCAAGAAGAGCCGAGCGAACCGAGCCUGGACGGAUCACGGCAUGCUGGUGCCGCACUACCAUCCCUACACGACGUUCCAAAACUGGACAGAGGAAGACAAGGAGUUUCUCCACUUCAUCGAACUGUGGGUCGGCAGCCAUGUGCACCGAGGCAGCACUCUGCACACCUUCGGCUCCGCCAUUCUCCAUCUGACCAAUAUGUACCAGCCCGCGAAGCAACUCAACGCGGCGACGGGCUGGGCUUUCCUACAGGAGCUAGGCUGGAUCCCAUCAUGGGAACUACCUACGCGCCACAAGUCCCCAAUUCCAGGGGCGAGAGUGCAGAGUGGAGGUGGAUAUAUCCGGCCGUCCCCGGGACCCUUCUCGGAAUCGAUGAGAGAAGACGUUGCCGCAGAUCACAGGCGGGAUUGGGGUCCUCUUAGGUCUUACUGCAUCGACGCCCCGACAACUACUCUGCUGGACGAUGCCAUCUCUCUCGAAAGUACAGACACUGCAGGAGAGUAUUGGAUUCACGCACACAUUGCCGAUCCCGCGGCGUUCAUCGAUCCCAAGUCCAAGCUCGCCGAUUAUGCGGCCAUCAUGGCAAUGGAUCACUUCAUCCCCGGAUACCGGUGCAGUAUGUUUCCGACCGACUUUUACGACGAGGUCGUCAUGAAGAAGUUUUCACUGGACAAGGGCCGGCCCUGCUUGACCUUUAGUACAAGGUUAAACGAGGAAGGGGAAGUGCUUGACGUGAAGAUCCAACCUGGUAUCCUUCAAAACAUAACAUUCCUAACUCCGUAUGAUGUGGACGCCUUUUGUCCGCCGAUACGUGUAACGCCAGAACCAAAUGGACUGAGCCGGUUGGUCGUCGGCCCCGCGCAACAACAGUAUAUACCCGGCGAGCGGCGAACCAUGAGCAAAGUUAAAGACCUGUCGGAAGCCGAGAAAGAGGAUCUCCAGACGAUGCACCGCCUUCUCAAGGCCGUGGACGACGUGCGUCUAAGGCGCGGCGCCAUCCCGCAGUCCCGAUCCUCGCGCUCAAUUCGAGUCAAGUUCAACGGCGCCGGGUCCCCCGAGCCGCCCCGCUCCGAGGACCCCCAGGCCCCAACGUGGCCCGGCGAUCCAGCCAUCGAAGUGGCAUUCGACGAGCGCAAAGACGGCACGCUAGUCGGCAUGGCCAUGAUGCUCGCCGGCGAAUCCGCCGCAAAAUGGUGCUCCCGCCGCCACAUCCCCAUCCCUUACCACACCCAGCCCGGCGCUCUACGCAACCCUCAGGGUCUCCGGGCACUAGGCGAGCAGAUCCGCGCCAUGACCGACAGCGGUGAAGCCGUGCCCAUGAGCGUGUGGCGCGCGUUUGACCUCGAGACGGGACCGACGGCGCAAUCCGUCGAACCUAGCCCCAUCAUCCCGCUCGGGCUAGAAAUGUACACGAAAGUCACCUCGCCGCUGCGUCGCCUCGUCGAUUGCAUAGUACACUGGCAGAUCCACGCGGCGCUCGCCGAGGAGGCGCGUCUGUCGCGCUCCCUCGCCGGCGAAGACUGCUCCGGCGCGUCGUUCCUACCCUGGGACACCCUCGCGCUCAAGGCCAAGCUCGAGUCCCUCCGCCUCAGCCACUUCGUCUCACACACGCUCAGCCGGAGCCAGGGGUCCCGCCCCUGGCUCUACCAGGCGCUUCUUCGCGCGUGGAAGUUCGGCGAGGCCGACAUCCCCGACACGUUCAAGUUUGUCGUCUCGCGCGCGUACGGACACCUGCUGAUGGGCGAGCUGGAUUAUAUGGGCUUCUCUGCCAUGUUGAGGAAGGGCGAUUUGGAGGGCGUGGCGCUCAUGGCGGAUGUUAAGGACGGGGAUGUGUUGGAGGUAGAGAUUGUAGAUGUUAAUGUGUACGAUAUGCAUGUAUUCGUGAGGGCUCUCAGGAGGCUGGAGAAGCCGGUGAGCGUGUAA